AGACAAAAGCCCCUCAAAAUUCCCUCUCGGAGUCGGAGAGAACGUGCAGCAAACACUACACGAGAGUUCCAGUGAGCGAUCGCCGGCGAAAUUGGAAGAGAGAAGGGGAGAACAAGCAAAGAAGAGAACUAGAGUUCAUCAGCAAUGGCGUCGUCGUCAAGCAGCGGGCUGACUUUUAAGCUUCACCCGCUGGUGAUAGUCAAUAUUUCGGAUCACUACACCCGCGUCAAGUCGCAGAUGAACCCUCCCGUGGCUAGCACAAGCUGCUCGAAUACGAACGGCAGCGGAAACGGCGGUGAUUCUGCGGCCGUGGUGGCGCCAGCGCCGCCGCCGAGAGUGUACGGAUGCGUUAUUGGAGUUCAGAGGGGACGAACCGUCGAGAUCUUCAACAGCUUCGAGCUUCUCUACGACCCCUCCACUGACUCCCUCGACCGUGCUUUCCUCUUGAAGAAGCAGGAGCUCUAUAAGAAGGUUUUCCCCAACUUCUACGUACUGGGAUGGUAUUCUACCGGCAGUGAUGCGGAAGAAGCAGAUAUGCACAUUCACAAAGCUUUGAUGGAUAUUAAUGAAAGUCCUGUCUAUGUCCUACUGAAUCCUGCCAUAAAUCACGCUCAGAAGGAUCUUCCAGUGACUAUCUAUGAAAGUGAGCUGCAUGUGAUUGAUGGAAUUCCGCAACUGAUUUUUGUUAACUCAAGCUACACUAUUGAGACUGUAGAAGCUGAAAGGAUUUCAGUUGAUCAUGUUGCACACCUUAAGCCGUCUGAUGGAGGUUCUGCAGCCACCCAAUUGGCUGCUCACCUUACCAGCAUACACAGUGCCAUCAAGAUGUUAAAUAGCAGAAUUAGGGUGCUUCAUCACUAUCUUGUAGCUAUGCAGAAAGGUGAGAUUCCGUGUGAGAACUCCUUGCUUCGACAGGUAUCAAGCCUUCUGAGAAGAUUGCCAGCUAUUGAAUCUGAAAAGUUCCAAGAUGAUUUCUUAAUGGAAUACAGCGACACGCUUUUGAUCACAUACCUGGCCAUGUUCACCAACUGCUCAAGCACAAUGAACGAGCUGGUGGAAAAAUUCAACACUGCAUACGACAGGCACAGUCGAAGGGGCGGUCGAACUGCCUUCAUGUAGGAGAGAAGGCUUCUGCUUAUUGCUGCUGCUGCUAGUGGUUCUGUUUAUGCCUUCCCUCCGGCACAUAGAGUUUACCCUUUUGGUAUGUUGGAUAUGAAGACGCCUCCUGCACUCUUGCUUUGAAAGAAAUGGAAACAAUAUAUCACAUCUCAUUUGGUUUUGCUGUUCAUUAUGACAUGCUCUUCAAUGUUCUACUACCCUGAGAUCUAGGUAUAUCUUUCUUAUCCAAUGAAUGUGGAAAUCUGGAUGUUAAAAGACAGUUUCAAUGUUCUACAAGCAGUUAGAAUGUGGUGAAGUUCAGAUGUUUCAUUCAAAUAUCAAACUGAAUCUGAUUAGCAGCAAUCAACCUUCUCAAUCUAAUUAGUUAUUCCUACAAAUGAAUUGUCUUUUGCGAACUUUGAUAUACAACUCAAAACAAGAUGCAAAUUGUUCCCUUGGGACAAUUUGUUAUCGAAAGUACAGGUGCAAAUGGUACUCUUAUCUCCACAUUCCUUCCACCCCUGAAAGGAUCUAUAGCUUCUUUGCACUUAAUCAUUAUACAAUACGCUUUAUAAUGAUCCCUCCUUUCUCCCACCCCAUUUCACCUAUAAAUAGUAAACCAAACAAACAAUCCGAAGUAAAGAGAAGGAAGACAGAUCGUUUGGUUUGUUCAUGGCACAUACACGUCCAAGACUCAUGAAACGCAGACAAACAAAGAAAAGAGACAUUCAAACUUUGAACUUCACUGCUACCUGACUCGCCACUUCGCCCAUCCAUACGAAAACUUGGAAAGCCAUCCCCAUUAGAGUACAGAGUUGCCCGUUCUCCUGGACGCGCUACGCUAACAGUCAAACCCCCCCUCUCCUGCAAUGUGAUGUGCCAGUGUCAUGUGGUGUUAACAGGGACCGGCUUCCCACGCCCCAUGGCAAAUCCUCGGGUGCCAUCGGGCAUCCGGGGACCAGGCGGCGGUGGUUGCUUCACUGUAUGCUCGCACGUGGCUGCUGCAUUGCUCGAAGGAAGAGGCCCGCCGAUGUGGUUUCCUCCUCGGCCGGGGUUGUGGUGAUGGGAGUGGCCUCGGCCGCGUCCCUUUCCUCGUCCCCCUCUGCCACGUCCUUUUCUCUGUACUGCAUCCUUGUCGUUGUUAAGAUUGUCAUCCCCCUGCACAUUAAAGCCAAUGGGGAGUGAGAGCUACGGUCUUUCUCUGUUUCGUUAAAGCAAUUCGCUAGAGAAACAGAAAAAAGAAACUACUAGAAGAAGCAAACCCUAUGGCAUGUUUGCAAUUGCAACAGAAGUUGAAUGGUUAGACUUCACUAAACAUCGCUGUCACGUGAACGCUUAGCUGGAAUGUAUCUAUGAACAGUGAUCUUCACCUUGAUUAAUUUCGUUCAAAACAAUCAUUUUGUUUGAUUACGAUUGUAGAAAGUGGGAUUAUGCAACUAAUUUACUUAAAAGGAGGGACCCUAAGACUUGAAGAAUGUUCAUCAAAGUGAACAUCAUGCUUGUAUAUGAAAUCUGUUUCAGUUGAUUGCCGGCACUAUAGUGGAAUUAUACGACAGAUACAAAAAGGACGAAAUCGUAGCACUUACAGGAUGGCCAUUAACUUGGACAUCAGGCUGCUGUUUAGGAAGAUCCUCAAUCGGCUUUUCGUCUGACUGCUGCUCAGAGGUACAAGCCUCUUCUUCCUCCGACUGCCCUGGCCCAUCAACAUCCUUCUUCCCUCGCCCCCCAGCAGCAGGCUUUGACUAGAGUACAAAAAGAGAGCCAUCAAUUUCUAAGCAAAUCCACUUCAUGACUGUGAUACAUAAACAGAAAUGGAUGAGCCAGUAUAAUGUAAAGAUGCUCUUCCCUUCACGAUUUUGUUACAGCUUGAAAGGAAAGCAUGGGUUGAGAUAUUUAAACCCAAGCCACAGCAUAAACUUAGACAAAUUUUCUCUUACACUAUAUCUACUAACAAACUAUUGCUUAGAAA